AAACUCUUCUAGAGAGAGCGAGAGCGAGAGAGAGAGUGAGAGUGAGAGAUCUUUACUCUCUUUUUUUAUUUUCACCCUUUAAUCUGUACCAUCUCGUGACUUAAAAUGCAAUCCUCUGCCCAGAUUUUCCUUUUUCCUCUCCUUCUCUCUCUUUCGCGAUUAACUUUACUGAUUAGGCAGAAGAUUUAAACCCUCUUUUUCUGCGAUUUUCCAUUUUGAGACCUUUUUCAUUCUGUCAAAGCCAAACCCAACUGAGUUUAUAGACGAUAGACUGGAUUUUUGGGUUUUUGUGGAGUCAUUCACAUAGAAUUUGAUGUGGGUUUUUAGGGUUUUGGGUGAAUGCUCUGCUUUCUCUUUCAUAAGAAGUCAAAUAUAAGGAACACCAGCCAUAGAACUUGAGCUCUGCUGUGGGUUUAUAGAAAGAAAAAGAAAAAAGAAAGAGAGAGAUGCUUGUGUGUUCUUUGUUGCAGCUUCCAUAGUCUUUCUCCAAAUAUGCUGGAUUUGAACUCUGUGGACCCAUUUAGAGGAAUCUGGAAAGGCCUUUAGAUGGGCAGAUUCUCCAAGAAAACAGCUACCAAUCUUUUCAUUUUCAGUUAGUUUUUAGGGUUCUAGCUCCUUCCCCUGUUUUGUUUAUUCGUUUUUUCGUUUUUGUUUUCACACAUCAACUUUCCCCUUUUGCUUUUGCUUUUAAUAUAUUCCAAGAACUUUGUUUCACAAGACUCAGGGUUUAGGGUUUUGUACUCUUUUGGUUAUUUUACUUAGUUCCUGUUCCAAUUGGGUGGGAUAAGUUUUGGGGUUUCAAUCUGUGCUUAAGUUCUUUAAGGAUUUGAUAUCUUUGCCUCAUUUUUGGUCUCUGAGAGUGCUUUUGACUUUGGGUUUUAAGACCUUGAGCUCUAAUGAUGUGGGCUUUGAGGCUUGAAUUCAUUUCUGCUUUUUUAUGAGCUUAUUAGCUUUGAAUACCACCUGGUUGUGAGGUUUCUUUGCUGAAUUCACUCUUGUUGGUUUUCUCUGGACGACCUCUCUCUACAAAUGUAUUCCUGUACAAGUGGAGGAGGCCUGACUUAUGGAUUUGAUAUUGAUAUAGUGAAAUCUCCAUCCACUUCAUCAAGAACAUCACAUUCCUCUUCCCCUUCCUCAACUCUCUCUGAAUCAAGCAACACGUCACACAGAAUCUCCACCCGAAAACCUCGAACACCGCGAAAGCGGCCUAACCAAAGCUAUAAUGAAGCUGCAGCCCUGCUCUCCACAAUAUAUCCCAACAUUUUCUCCACCCAAAACCUUAGAAAACCCUGCAGACACACCAAACAGUAUGAUUUCUUCUCAGAUGAAUUCCCUGAAUUGCUUCCACUCUCUCCGGGCAUCGACAAUGCCGGAUUCCUACUCGACCAACAAGUCCCCAAUAAACCCACCAUCCAAACAAAGCCGAAACCUGCAUAUUCGAGCGAAAAGCCAUGUCAAAGCCCUCAGGAAAUCGAUUCCCUACCGGAUUCUGCGGGAACAGGAGACAAUUAUGAGGAGGAAUUUGAUGCCGAAUCGAUACUGGAUGAGGAGAUGGAAGAGGGUAUAGACAGUAUCAUGGGCAAUCUCAGUGUCAACAAUGAUUCAUAUGAUGACUCCGUUACUUAUUCUUACAGUGGCCAAUUCAAUACUUACUCUGGCAAUCAAAUAGGAUUGGGAUUCGGUGGGAAAUUCGGAUUCGGUUACUCGAUUGGUGGUGGAGUUAGAGCAUUGAGGCAUGUAGAUGAUGGAGAUUGGUGGAGGUUUCCUAUAGUUGAUGUUCUUCAAAUCUCACCCAAAUUGAACAAAGUCUCAUCACAGAAGAAAAAGAAGAAGAAGAAAGCAGAACACAAGGAAGAAGUGAAGAAUUCGGGUUCGUUUAAAGACACUAACUCGAUUUCAAAUUCGGGUUUAUCCCUUAAAUUGAAUUACGAGGAGGUUCUAAACGCUUGGUCUGAUCAAGGGUCACCUUUCUCCGACGAAAUUCCGGUGACAUUCUCGCCGGGUUCUGAUACUCUUGCGAGGCUAAGGCAGAUUGAUUUGUUUCCGGAGAAUGGAGGGGUGAGGGAAGCAAGUGUGAUGCGGUACAGGGAGAAAAGGAGGACACGUCUUUUCUCUAAAAAGAUCAGAUAUCAGGUUCGGAAAGUCAACGCAGAUCAACGGCCCAGAAUGAAGGCAAGGGCGAUUUGCUAGAAGAAGGCCAAAUCUCUCAUCAAGUGGUCAACGAUAAUUAUUUCAAUCAUAUGGAUAUCCUCUCUUUUGGAAUUGCCAAAAAAUGACUUUUUUUUUGUUUUUUUGGUGGGGAGGGGAAGGGGUGAAGAAUAGAAUAUAUGGAAAUGAGUGACGAUCCUAGAAGUUUUGAUCUCAAUCUUUUAAAAAAAAAAGAAAUAUCUGUUCUGCCAUUUUUCUUUUGGGUGGUUGGGGGGUAUUGUGGGGUACCCUUCAUCUUAAUUUAUAGUGUCAGUUGAAGAUGCAUAGUUACCAAAAUGAUCCAAGAUGUGGGUUUUUUCUGGUAAGCAAGGGAGUUUUGCUGAUUAGUUUAAUAAAAUAACUCAAUUUAAGUUUUGAAUA